ACCGUAAUGACCAAUAAAAUCAUUAAAAAGACAGAAAGUCAGAAAGACCUACUGACCAUUGAUCAACCCAUUACCUAUUUACCUUUGGACCAUAGUCAACAUAGGAAAAUAAUCACCUUGCACAUCACUAAAGAAGUAAAAUAAGAUUUUAUUAUGUGGAGUUUGUCUAAUAAAGCUGGUAAAAUGUGUAGUUUCUAAAUUGUAAUGAGUAAUGAUGCUUUCUUAUGGUUAAUAGACACUGUGUACUACUUACCAAGUGGUGGAAGUUACACUAUCGGGAGAAAAAGUACUGAUAUAAUAAUUUUAGAAGACCAGUCUAUCAGCAGACUCCAUGCCCUUAUUACUGUUAAGGAUAAUAAUGUUGUCCUAAAGGAUGAGAAGUCCAAAUUUGGUACAGAAGUCAAUGGUUGCAAGCUAUCUUCAGAGCAAGUGUUAAGUAAUGGCGACAUUAUCAAGUUUGGCCAAGGGACUACUUCUUUUAAGUUGAAAAAGCAGGAAUUAGUGUUUUGCUAUUCUAACAUGACAAGUAAUGUGAAAGAACAGGUUUCAGCUAUUGUUGAAAAACUAGGAAGCAAAAUAGUUUCAAAUUGGUCUUCUUCUUGUACUCAUCUUGUAAUGACAGCUGUCACUAUUACAGCUAAAGUUGUUAAUGCACUCUCCUCCUGCUGUCCAAUUGUGUCUGUAGCAUGGUUAGAAGAGUCCCUCAAAUGUUUAGAUCAGAAGAAGGUGUUGCCAUCUUCAGAUAAUUAUGUGCCAGAGGUUGUUGAUCCUAAUUUACUACAAUCGCAACAUGCUAAUGUGUCAUUGAAGCCUAUGCUGAUGCGUCGUAGACUUUUUUCAGAAAAGAACAUUUACUUUCUUAUUAAAAAGCAAUAUUUGAUGUUGCAAUACUGUCUUAAAGCUGCAGGUGGCAAACCACAUCUUAUUACUGAUGUUACUGAUGAAAGAAUCAAACUAUUAGCAGAUGAUAAUGCCUUGGUCAUUGAUCCUUUAGUCAGUGGGCCUCUCUUUUCCAAAGUGAAAAAUACCUUGAAACUAUCUAAUUUAAGGCUCAUUUCUGAAUCUGAAAUAGGUUAUGGUAUACUCCACUGCUCAAUAUCUCACUACUGUAAUGCUAAAUCUUUAGAAGGUUGCUCCCAAAUUCCACCUCAGCUUCCUCCUUCUCUUUCGAUUCCUUAUACUCAACCUUCUGUUGGCAAUGACACUAUUCUGGCACUUAAUAGUGAAGCACUUAAUUCUCAGACCAGUACGAGGGAAAUUCAGGGUAGUACAAGAGAAGGAACUGUGCUUGAAAUUGAUGAAACUAUAUUAAGGGACCAAACUCCAAGUAAUGCAACUUUAAUGUCACAUUCAAUACAAGUUUCAGGAAGAAAAGUUGCUCGGUCAUCAAAUGAAACUAUUUUAGCUCCUGAUUCACUGACACUUACUCAAAAUAUUUCUAGUCAGAAAAGGCAAAGAUUGGAUAGUGGUGAAUGUAGCUUUUCAAAAAAGACAAAGUUGAGUCAAUCAGAAUCUGAAAACUUUUUAGCAACACCUCAUUCUAUUCCAAAUGUGCCUCUGACUUCUACAUUUUUGAGCUCACGAAAUGCAAGCCCUCAAAAAAUUUCCUUACCGGAUUUUGAAGUCUCUGAUGCUGUGGCUUCACCUAGAACUCAAUUCAAGAAAAAUGUAGAGCCAUCGUCUGGUGCAGAUUCGAGCAUGUUUGCUGGUUUGUUAACUCAAAGACGUAAAGUAGAAUGUGCUACCUCUAAAGACACUAUGCCAUCAAGUAAUCAUUGGGACACUCACUCAGAUCAAGAAAUGAAGCAUACUGAAGCAUUACAAAAAUUGCAGUCUAGUAUGAACAUAUCUUGUGAUGGCUUUAUUUCUGCUAGGCAACCUCAUACACAGGUUCCAAAAAGGGAAGAAAUACCUGAAGAAGAAAGACUUCCUACAGAAGUUAUAAUUGAAACUGUUGGAUUAGUCAGAAAGCUUAUUCCUAGUAGUAAUUCAGUCAAUACACAUGUAAGGUGCAUUAGAAAUUUCAAGACUUUUAAAAAAGUAACACAUCCUCGAAAUCAUUCCAGUGUCAGUAGGCUUAUUGGUGGAGCAGAUCUAUUUAUUUCAUCUCUGCAAAGAGCAUUGUAAUAAAAAAACUCUGAUUUACAGAAACUGUUAUUUAAAAAGGAAUUAUAAUUAAGUAUUGCAAAAAGUCAAGUAGUUCCUACGAUACUGUAA